UAGAUGUAGUUAAAUUGAAACGGAUCAAAAUAACCAGCUAGCAAAAAAGACAUAAAAGGUAUCAUGCAUUAUUUUUAGCCAGAUAACAAGCAAAAGCAUGACCUCAACUCAUUUGCCCUAUUAUUGGCACAUGUGCAGCUACCAUAUUUGAUCCGGAUAGGAUGUAGACUUUCCGCUUAUCCCGAUCUUGACGUUCUGCAAAAAACGGAUUACCUGCACCAGUAAAAACAUAGCAGGGAAGCAGGCGAAAAGACAGUCGAAUACCUGUUACAUUAAGUAUCAAUUAUAUCUGGCAAUUUUAUGCUGAAUACGAUCAUAGCUGCAAAAUUAGAGAAUGUGUAAAUUCGUGAUUUUUCGAUAGCAAGCUGGAAGUUUUAUGUACCAAACAUUAAAGAAGCUAUAGCUAGUACCUCAGUGUUGUGUUAAGGGGGAGUGGUGUUUGUUGCAAAUGCUGAAAUACUUGCUGGCAGUCUUGGUAGCUGGCACAAUUGGAUCUUAAAUCAUAUUUUCGAAAUUUAAUAAAGUAAAUCAUGGGUUUAAAGCCUUUAGAAUUUAGUGAUUGUUUACUUGACAGUCCAUAUUUCAGAGACAGUAUUUACGAUCAUGAAAAAGAACUUGAUCAGACCAAUGAUGCAAUAAAGUCACUCAUCAAGGAGUGUAGGAACUUAUUAAAAUCAUUAGAAAAUUUAUCUAAUGCACAGUCAAGUUUCGCAACAACACUUGAAAAUUUCAAACUUCGUUACAUUGGCGAAAUAGAGGUGCAAGACGAACUUGAAUAUGAGGAUUCAUUUCCAUGUUUUUCACAAAUUAUUAAAAAAGUUGAGGAAGAAAGAGACCGUAUGCUUGAUCAUGCUAACAUUCAACUUAUCGAACCUUUGGAAAGAUUUCGCAAGGAGCAAAUUGGGCGUGCAAAGGAAGAGAAAAAGAAGUUUGACAAAGAAACAGAAAGGAUAUGUGCAUUAUAUGAAGCUCACCUGAAAAUUUCACCCAAGAAAAAAGAUACAGCUUUACAAGAGGCUGAUGCUCAACUGGAACACGAACUACGUAAUUUUCGAGAAAUGUCCCUAGGUUAUGUUUCAAGACUGCAAGAAGUUAAUGAAAAAAAGAAGUUUGAAUUUGUUGAAAUAAUGUUAGCGUUUAUGUAUGGCCAAUCCACGUUUUUUCAUAAUGGUCAUGAUACAUUCAAUGAUUAUCGUGGUUAUUUGACAGACCUACAAUACAAACUGCAAACAACAAGAGAUAGAUUUGAUGUAACAAGACAAGAAGCUGAAGAUCUCAAAAACAAAACUAUUAAGAAAUUUAACAGUGGAGAUCUGCACAAAGAAAUGUAUGCAAGACAGGGUUACUUAUUAGUGCAUGAUAGAAGAAAAGCUGGUGUACUCGGCCCAACCUGGGUGAAACAUUACUGCAUGUACACAAAAGAAAACAAAAUUCUGACCAUGAUACCUUACAAUCAAACGCAAGGAAAACUAAAUGCAAACACAGAUACAUUAGUUGUCAAGUCCUGUGUUAGGAAACCAACAGAAUCAUCUGAGAGAAGGUUUUUAUUCGAGAUCACAGGCCACGACAGAAGUCAAACUAUUACUCUUCAAUCCAUUACUGAAGACGAUAGAAAGCAGUGGCUUGAAGUUAUGGAGGGCCGCGAACCAAUAUAUAUGGAAUCCUCAGAACUUGUUUCCCAAAAUGAGGGAGUAACUGCUAUGAAUGAGACAGGAAUAGAAUUUGUGCGUAAAUGUUUGGAAGGCAUUGAGAAACGAGGGCUAACAGACCAGGGUGUAUACAGGAUAGCUGGUGUAUCAUCAAAAUUUAAUAAAUUGCUGCAAGUUGGAAUAGAUGCUAAACAGUUGGAAAAGUUAGAUUUGUCUUCUGAGAAUUCAAUAUGGGAAGUAAAAACAAUUACAAGUGCUAUGAAACAAUAUUUUAGGACAUUGUCAGAACCAAUUUACACCUUCAAACUUCAUAAUGAUUUCGUACAUGCCAUAAAACUAGAUACACAUGCCAAGAAAGUAAGUCGUUUACAAGAACUUCUGAAGCAACUGCCAGCAAAUAAUUAUAUGGUUUUGAACAGACUCAUGUAUCAUUUGAAGAUGGUUGCAAGCAAUUCCGACAAAAACUUAAUGCAAGCCAGUAACCUAGCUGUUGUGCUUGGACCAACCCUUAUGAGGCCAAAAGAAGAAACUAUGGCAGCCAUUAUGAGUAUUAAAUUUCAAAGUAUUGUAAUUGAAACGAUGAUACAAGAAUAUGACCAGUUAUUUAAAGAAGGACCUCCAGAAUCAAUGUUGGCUAAACCAGCGUCACCGAAUAUCCCACCAAGUCCUGGUGGUGACAGAUCGUGUAAAUAUCGUGCACCUGAUCCACCAUCAAGACCAGCUAUCAGACCACGAAGUAAAAUUGACUCGGAAUUAUCACCUCGACCAGACACAAUAUCAAUCAGCUCAAAUGAAUCUAUAUCGCCAAAUAAUUCUAUAAAGCGAGACAGUGGUAGACAAAACAGUAAAAAUGGCUCGUAUACUAAUCACAAUCAUUAUAGUGAAGUUGAUAAAUAUCCAAGAUUUCGACCUCCAGUUCCAACUGGACCGAAACCAAACAUUGCUGGUGGCAGUAUAAAAAGAUGGAAAAACGUAUUAGUUAGGCCUGAAGAAUUUCUUAAUAAAUCAUAUGAUGAUUCUAAUGAUGAUAUAGACGAUUUAAAUGAUGUGUUUGAAUAUGAAGAAUUUAAGUAUGAUAAUAGAUAUGCAGAAACCGUAGCACCUUUUACAAGUCCAUUCGGUACCAACACUGAAGAGAACAGUGUCAAUGAUACUAAGUCUCGACGAGAAAGCUAUGCAAUGGCCCUCGAUUCUAGGAUUACGUCUACAGAUUUGGGUAGCGUACAAAACACGAAGCCUGUUCGUCCGAAGCCUUCAAAUCGAAAACCAAGGUUAAGUGACAAUGGACCUCCAAUUAUUCCGAGAAGGAAGGAGUGGAAAGCCAGGACGUUAUACACUUGUGUUGCAGAAAAUGAUGCUGAAUUAUCAUUUAAUGCUGGAGCGAUUAUUACAAAUGUUCGAAGUUCGACUGAAGAAGGCUGGCUGAUUGGAAUGUUGAAUGGAAAAACUGGAUUGAUCCCUGAAAAUUAUUGUGAAAAGAUAGAAUGAUCCAUUUUUUCUCUUUUUUUUUGGUUUUGAUUAAAUGUGAUUCUAAUAUAUUAUAUUAAUCGAUAAAUAUUUCUAAAAAUCAAUUCAAUAUUUUAUCAUGUCUCAACCAUGCUUUUUUUUGAUAAACUUUUAUUUGUCAAAUUUGUUGUUAGAAAUAGAAUAGUGUAAAGAGAUUAUUUUUGCUAUGUAUUUUGCUGCUCUGCUGUAGUCCUUUUUUUACUGAUUUAACUGUUUUUUCACGUAGAUCGUGUUGUCUUAGCGCAACAAGAGAAAAUGCCUUAACCAAUUGUCAACUACUCAGCUAAUUUACCAUUAGCAAAAUACUAUUUUUUUUUUAAAAAAACACCUUUUCGAAAUAAAACCUUUUUACAGUUAAUCUUCAUUUUGUACCUAUUUUAUAGUAUGUCAAAUCACUUGGUUUGUCACGUUGAGAAAUUUUUAAAGUUUUACAUGUACACUCAUAAAAUAUAUAAUUUGAUAGAUACAUUGUUCUGUCGCUACUA